UUUCACAAACAACUGAACCACGGUGCUGUUUGUUCGGUGGUUCCUGUAAAAGUCCUGUAAUCCCGUGCCAUGGUUCACGCUUACGGCAACGAACAGCAGCAGCAGCAGGUCCCAGCGGUACCGCUGGGAUCCAACAAAGGGGGACCGUACGGGCUUGGCGAUCCCGACGACCGGCGGCUCCGGAAGGUUGAGCUCGAGGUGCUGAUUCCGAAGAUUAUGCGCGAACGGGCCAAAGCGGAAAAGUGCACCACCGAGGUGAAGGCAUUCGAAGCGUGCUGCAAAGAUGCGGGCCUUUUCAUGGUGGCCAAAUGUCAGCCGACGAACGACGCGCUCAAGGCCUGCACCCUCCGGUGGUACAGCGACGAAAAGUUCAAGCGGGAGUGCACCGAAAUCUAUCUGGAGGAGCGUCGAGAGUUUCGCCAAACGGGAGUGCCGAAAAAAUUCCGCAACGCCAGUUAGUUCCAAACGGUCCGAUGGUGAUGAAGGGUACAUAAAGUUAAGUUUAAACUACUAAAUGCAAACCGAUUAGUUAAUUUGGUUGGUCCCUUCCAGCGGUCAGCGGUGAAAGCAGUUUAUUAAACUAAGAGAUUUGUUGGGUUUUGCA